GAGUGGCUCAUGAAAUCCCAACAAUGAACAACGAAUAUAUUCAAACCAGUGCAUUUCCUGUACCGGUUAUCUCCAUGCAGCUUAAAUUAGACUUUAGGAUCACUUGUGAUUUCCUACUGUUUGAUGUUUAUG